AUGCUUCUACCCCCACAAGUCAGCUUUGACGAUGCUACCAUCCUUACGGCCGGCCACCUGGACAUACACCCUAGCAGACACCAACUGCUGUCUCGCCAAGAUGAGCGUCACACCAAAUGGCUACCUCGCGCUUCCGUCGACCACCUGCGCAACCAGUGCCUAAACGAUAUCUCGGCUUACAAAACCAGUAACUGGAAGGAGGAGCUGUUUCUCAGGGACAGCGAUUUAAUACUUGCUUUGUGGGCACGCUCUGCCUGCAAGGUUCUGGGCGUUAGACCGGAGAGAAAGGUAGCAGCCAACAACGUCGCGAACAUCCGCACGACGCUGAGUACGCGCUCUCGCAUAAGGGCAAUGCCGUAUUCCUGGCUCCCAAUAUCUUCCGUCCAGGUGCUAGAGGAAUCAUUGGGUUCAAUGAUCUUACACAUUUGUAUAUCGGUGCUCGAGCAUCGCUCAGUCGAUUUCUCAGCCUCGAACUGGGGGAAGGCUGGGUUGUUCGAUGUGGAUAACCAUUACGGCCAUCGGGAGCCCAUUGACGCAGCCAUCCGCAACCGACUCCACGACCUCCCGAUCGAAUACGACUUCCUGGAUGGACCGUAUCCAGCGACCGCAGCCGCGGGGAUCGAUCUCUUUUAUCCCCCGCCAUACUACAGCUACCUGGAAUCGAACACCCCGGUCGGGAUACGCAACAGCGUGUCUUGGUUGAAGGAAUACAUAGCGCAACACGGACCGUACGAUGCCGUGAUGAUGUUCUCACAGGGAUGCACCAUCGGCGCCAGCCUCCUCCUGCUACACCAGCUGGAAACCCCCGACCGGCCGGCGCCGUUCAAAGCGGCGAUAUUCAUCUGCGGCGGUCCACCGCUGAAACUCCUCGAGGAAGUCGGAUACAGGAUCUCUGAGAGAGUGUGGGAGCGUGACGCGACGAGUCGAGCCGAGUUGGCUGCAGCGGCGCACUCGGAGUCGAUCCUAGCGAAGGGGUCUGGGCGGUGGAAUGCGGAUGCGAUGAAGGGGGAGACCGAGGAGGGGAUCAGGGGGGAGAUUUCGGGUGGGGUGAAGAUCGGGAUUCCGACAGUACAUGUCUACGGGGAGAAGGAUCCUCGGUACGUUGCUGGGAUUCAGCUGAGUGAGACGUUUAGUAGCAACAUCCUUCCUGAGAAACAUCGGAUCUUGAAACCAGACAGUAUGCGGACGAUGAAUUUUGACCCUCAGCGGUGA